AGAAAGUAGACCUACUAUACAUACACGCUUACAUCACUUAUUUUAUUUCAACCGUGUCACUCUUGUAUCGCUUUGUUGUUUUGUUUUAGCAGAGACUGUGGAACGACAUUUUCAUUUUAGUCUACUUUUAGUCGUUAAGCAUCAGCAGCAGCAGCCGUCUCCGUAUUCUCGAGAGAAUGACCUUCUCCUCUUCGCGUUUGCCGUGUCUGUACGCCAUUGCCAUUUCCACGCCAAUUUUCUCAAUCGAAAGACCGUUCUGUUAGGUGUAGUUCAGUUCGCGCGCCUUAUUCUUGAUCCAAAAUCGCAUAACCCAAUUACCUUUUGGUUGACCAAGUGGCGCUAAAAUUAGCAUCAGUGUCAUUCGAGCGUGCUACAACUGACGACAUUCGACAACGAAAGUUUGUUAAUUGAUACAGUGCGAGUGUGCGUAUUUUAAAUAAUUAAUUUCGCCACAGUAAUGAGCAAGAAUAAUUAUCAAAUGCCGCCCCCGUACGGGCCGCCCCAAGCGGCGCCGCCCAGCUACGCACAGGCCGUCGGGGGAGUUUCACCCUCCAGUCCGUAUGUACCACAUCAUGUUCUCGUCACAAAGGGACCAGAGAUCGUCACGACAGUGGUUCCUGUGGGACCGAAUCCGACGCAUAUGAUAUGCCCUCAUUGCCAGGCAGAAAUAGACACAACAACAAAAUCGACACCGGGAUGUAUAGCGUAUGUUUCUAGUGCUAUACUAUGUUUAAUAGGAUGCUUCUGGGGUUGCUGCCUGAUUCCGUGCUGCAUGGAGAAAUGCAUGAACGUAUCCCAUUCCUGUCCCAAUUGUAAUUUCUACCUUGGAACGUUCAAGAGAUAAAAUAAGACGGAGACCAGCAAUUUUUCUAAUUAAUAAACCGCUACAGUUAAAAAACUUGACAUCCCAUAAAAAGCGGACAGUUCCAACAGAAGGAUAAGACUUGAUUAAUAAACAAAAAAAACCAAUGUGUUCUUUAAAUUACGACAAAACAAAAUCAUUUUCUAUAUCUAAAUAAAAUUGUUCGUUAAAAUUUAUUAAUAAUACACAAAUUACCAUUUUGUGUUAAUUUUAAAUUAGAAUUCUAAUCAUUAACCUCGUGAAGUAACAAAACGAUUAAUUAUAUGCACGUGGUACAAUUUUUUUAAACGAAAUUAAAGAUUUUUAAAUAAAAAAUUCAUGUAGGAUCAUAAUUAUGUAAAAUUAUCAAACAAAUAGGUAUUGAAAAAAAUCAUAUGCGUUGGUUGGAUAGAUCAUGGAAUUAAUUUUUAUAUUGAUAAAUAUAUAAGUAUAGAGAGGGGGACACUAUUUAAUUAUAUAUUUUUUCACUUGAUCGCCGGAUAUUGACUGUAAAGUAAUUGACAGAUAUUAUAUUUAAAUAAUUAAAAUUACUAUUUAUAUUUAGUUGACUUGCAACAGAUUGUUAAUUAAUCUACAAACAAUGUUUACUCAGUUAAAUACAUUCAUUAAACAGCAAACAUUACAUUGCAACCCGAAUCUUUUAAACAAUUUUAAGGCCCUAUUUGUCAUGUUAUUAUGCUCUUUUUAAUGCUCUGUUAAAUUUAGCUUAUAUGCAGUAUCUGCUAACAUUGAGCCACAUCCUGAUAAAUUUAAUAAAUUAACUGGCCUUAUCUGUUAAAUUAGUUAAUUUGCAGGUUCAAACCAGAAUAUGUCAACAUCUGGAGUAAGUACAUAUUAAAUAAUUUCCAGAUAAGUUAAUUAUUUUCCAGGUGGCGUCAACUUAAUUAGUAUCUGUUUAAUUAUAACAAUCUGUUAGAUUAAUUUGCAGAUUUUUCUGUAAUGAAAUCUGGAGUAAGUAUAUAUUAAAUUACUUCCAGAUAAGUUAAUUAUUUUACAGGUGGCGUCAAUUUAAUUAUAGUAUCUGUUAAUUAUGACAAUGUACGGUAAUUAAGUAAAACAAUUUAUGGCUAAAAUAAACAUCACAUAAAAUUAUAUGUAAAUAUUCUGCACAUAAAAGAUACUACAUAGUAUGUAAAUUAUUAUUUGCCAUGGUUUUAUAGUCGACUGAUCUUGGAUGUUUGUCGGUGAUAUUUGUUUUUACUUCAACCAUAACGAUUUCAGAUAUUUACACAAAAAAAUCACUUAAAUAAUACAUUAACGUUAAAACUAUUGAAGUACGUGAUUGGAGAUUCUAUAAGACCGCAAAUAAUUUUACUAAUAAGUUUGUAUAAAAAGAUAAUUUAUUUUUAAGCUUUUAAUAAUAUAUUUUUCUGUU